UUGGUGGCGAAAAUCACGUUCCGACGGCUGUCAGCCACACUAGCAACCACGACAGCUUUGAGGAGGCAAUGGAUAUCGAAAUUGUGCCAAAGUGAGAUGAGGGGAUGGGGAGUGUGCACGACCUCGGGGGGUCUGAGCACUCGAAGUCUUGAGGAGAUUACGUGAUGCGUGCCUCGGCUUGUUGACGUGAAUUAGGCCCCGCCGUCACAUCCCACUCUACCUUCCAUUGCUAUACACAACGUCAAGCGCAUAUCCCUUACAGUCUCAAUUCGAAUUUAGAUCACGAAUGCCACAGACAAGAGGCCAGAAGCGUGAGGCAGAAAUGGAAGCCGCCUUCAAAACCUUCUUCAGCUCCCCACGUUUUGCGGUCGCCGGUGCGUCUUCGGAUUCCUCCAAGUAUGGACAUAAAGUGUUUGCCUGGUAUCUCCGGCAUUCUCUCCCAGCCACGCCGCUAAACCCACGCGUCCCCUCCGUAACCAUCCUCUCGCAAUCGCAUCCUACGGUAUCCUCGCCCUCGAAGCUCUCGAACCCUUCGUCCUACUCGCUCUCCGUCAUCACGCCACCACAAGCAACGAAGCAGCUUCUGAAGGAAGCGAAGGAGGCUGGUAUACCUGCAGUGUGGCUACAACCCGGUAGCUUUGAUGACGAGGGACUCCAGUAUGCAAGACGCGAGUUCAAGGCUGCGAUAGCUGGAGACGGGGGGAGAGGAGGCGAGGGAUGGUGCGUAUUGGUCGACGGGGAGGAAGGGCUGAAAGUUGCUGGGAGGGAAUGGUCAAGGUUAUGAGGUCGGAAGAAGGGGAUUGGAAUCUGGUAUGCUGGAUGUCUAUUAUCGAAGUCACAGAAGCCUUGGUUUGCAAUAGAUUUGGGGCCUCAGCAUUUCGAGGGAGGUUGGAAGAAGGCAAGAAGGCAACGCGGCGUCUGAGGGUGAAACGUGCUUCCCGAUCGAUGGAACGAAGGAGAUCCUGUCGGCGCACACAGAAGUGUCUUGCAGGAAGAAUU